AUGCAGGGUCACACACAGGACCAAGCAGGAGCAGGACCUCAGCAUUUUGAUCCUUUAUUACAAAUGGAGACACAGGAAGAUGUUCAAUACUGUUUUCAAGACAGAAACUCUUCUUGCAGAAAGGCUUUGCUAUCGACAUCUAUCUACAUAACACUGUACAUCUUCUUCUCAUUGUUUUCAGCAGUUACAGUAUUUUUGAACAUACUGGUGAUCAUCUCCAUCUCUCACUUCAAGCAGCUCCACACUCCAACCAACCUGCUCAUCCUCUCUCUGUCUGUGUCAGAUCUCCUGGUGGGACUGAUUGUGAUACCAGUAACGACUGUAGCAUUAAUGGAACCAUGCUGGGAUUUUGGGGAAUAUUUCUGUGGGUUUUAUUUCUAUAUCAGUUGUUUAUGUGCUUCUUUAUCUCUGGGCAAUUUGGUCUUGAUAUCUAUUGACCGUUAUGUUGCUGUGUGUGAUCCCUUAAUGUACCACUCUAAAAUAACAAUAACAAGAAUUAUGUAUUGUAUAUCUAUUAACUGGUGUUGUUGCAUCAUAUACGAUGCUGCUAUUGUCAAAAUAUUUGUAAAUGUACAGGCAAAUAAGUCAGAGAGAAAAGCAGCAAAAACUCUAGCUAUUGUUGUUUUCAGCUUUCUAAGUUGUUGGAUUCCAUUUUAUUU